AUGCAAUCUAUCACAAUUAUCGCUCUUUUGGUCUGUGUUGCUGCUCUUCCAGUGAGUUCACCUUUUCUUUCGAAAAUUUCCAGUUUUUUGAAAAAAAAAACAAAAUUAUCCAGGUAUUCGCUAACUUUGAAAACUUGCGAGCUCGACGAGAUGUCAUUGAAGCAAGCGGAGAAGGAAGUGGAAUCGAAUCAUCUGGAACUGAAGGAUCUGGUGUAGAAGGAUCAGGAAUCGAAUCAUCGGGAAUUGAAUCAUCAGGAGUUGAAGGAUCAGGAAUUGAAGGAUCAGGAAGUUCAUCAGGAGAAGUUGCAGUUCUUGAAGGAUCUGGAGUUGAAGGAUCAGGAGUUGCUGUUCAAUCAAAUGACUCACCAAAAGAUGUCAAAACUAUUACUGAAAAUGAAUUUGCCGUUUCUGCGUAG